AUGGACAACGUCCCAGACAGUGAGAUGCUCGUCGACGAAUAUGAGCAGUAUCACAAUGACAGAACCGACGAGGUCGUCGUCUCUCGGUCCGGAUCGGAGGAACCGGAGCCAGAGCCUCUUGCCGACGAUCAUGCAGCAAUGAUGGCCCGGAUCCUCCCGAAAGACCCCGAUUUGGAAACAGAAGAUGAGACGUAUCACACAUGGCAUAUCCAGGAUUGGCGGAAACUCAAGAAGAAGGAACACGGCCCGGUCUUCCAGUGCGCCGGCUCUCCUUGGCGAGUCCUCUUCUUUCCUUACGGUAAUCAUGUCGAACACGCAUCCUUUUACCUGGAGCAUGCCUGGGAAAACGAACCUCCAGCAAACUGGUACGCUUGCGUUCAGUUCGCUCUGGUUUUGUCCAACGUAAACGACCCAUCCAUCUACAUCUCUCACGUCGCCACACAUCGAUUCAAUGCGGACGAGGGUGACUGGGGAUUUACCCGAUUCUGUGAGCUGCGCAGACUCUUUAGCGUGCCAUGGGAGGGCCGCGGCGUUCCUCUGGUGCAGAACGAAGAGGCCAAGAUCACAGCAUACGUGCGUGUUGUCAAGGAUCCCACAGGAGUACUGUGGCACAGCUUCCAGAACUACGAUUCGAAGAAGGAAACAGGCAUGGUGGGGUUGAAGAACCAAGGCGCAACCUGCUAUCUGAAUUCGCUUCUGCAGUCUUUAUACUUCACCAACAAGUUCCGCAAGGCCGUCUACGAGAUCCCGACAGAGGCCGAGGCUUCAAGAGACAACAGUGCUUGGACGCUUCAGAGACUGUUCUAUAACCUCCAAACGAGUGAGAACUCUGUCUCGACGACAGAACUCACAGCAUCCUUCGGCUGGGAAUCGCGACAAAUCUUUGAGCAACAGGAUGUCCAGGAGCUUUCUCGAAAGCUUAUGGAGAGGAUGGAGGAGAAGAUGAAGGGCACGCCGGCAGAAAAGGCUCUCCCGGAGAUGUUCGUCGGAAAAACGAAAACCUAUAUCUCCUGCAUCAAUGUCGACUACGAAUCGUCGCGAGUGGAGGACUUCUGGGAUAUCCAACUCAACGUUCGAGGCAACAAGACCCUCGACGACAGUUUCAAGGACUACAUCCAGGUGGAGACUCUUGAAGGCGAGAACAAGUACGAUGCCGGACAGCCCUACGGUCUCCAGGACGCCAAGAAAGGUGUGAUCUUUGAGAGCUUCCCACCUGUUCUGCACCUUCAUCUCAAGCGAUUCGAGUAUGACAUCCAUCGUGACGCCAUGAUGAAGAUCAACGACCGCCACGCCUUCCCCAUGGAGUUCGACGCCACCCCGUACCUUUCCAACGAUGCCGAUAAGUCUGAGCCCUGGAUCUACGAGUUGCAUGGUGUGCUGGUGCACAGCGGUGACCUUAAUGCCGGUCAUUACUACGCCUUUUUGAAGCCUACCAAGGAUGGACACUGGUACCGGUUCGACGACGAUCGGGUGACCCGGGCGACGGACAAGGAGGUGCUCGAGGAGAAUUACGGUGGUGAAUAUGAGCUGGCCAACGGCGCGGCUGGUGUCAGACAGCCUUACACCCGCGGGCUGUCGACCAAGCGCUCAAUGAACGCUUACAUGCUGGUAUACAUUCGGAAGUCGAGAUUGGAUGAUGUUCUCUUGCCUAUAACAAAGGAACAAGUUCCCUCCCACAUCGAAAACCGACUCGUGGAAGAACGUAUCGAGUUGGCGCGCAGAAAGAAGGAGAGAGAAGAAGCCCACCUAUAUAUCAAUGUUGGCGUAUUGAGCGACGAGUCUUUCCAGGCCCAUCACGGAUUUGAUCUCACCAGUGCAGACCUGCCAGCUACCGAUCCUGCGGUGCCGAAGCAAUACAGAAUCCUCCGGGCUAAGAAGGUCGGAGAGUUUGCACAGCAGCUCGCAGAGGAGAAGGGACUCGAUCCUGAACAGGUCCGUUUCUGGGUCAUGGUAAAUCGACAGAACAAGACGACUCGGCCGGACCAAGUCAUCAAGGAUCAGGACAUGACUGUGGAGGAAGCUUACAAUCGCUAUGGCACGAAAGGAAACCCGUUCAAGGUCUGGAUGGAGGUGGGCCAGCCUUCCGCAGAUGGAUCGAUCUCCUGGCCGGAUAACAACUCGGUGCUCGUCUUUUUGAAACAUUUCGAUGCGCCCUCGCAAACAAUCGCCGGUGUCGGUGCAGUCUACGUGCGCAAGACACAGAAGGUUGCGGACCUCGCCCCUAUCAUCCUCGAGAAGAUGGGCUGGCCUGCUGGGACCGAGUUCAUGCUGUUCGAAGAGAUCAAACAUAACAUGAUCGACGUGAUGAAGCCGAAGCAGACCUUCCAGCAGUCCGAGAUUCAGGAUGGAGACAUCAUCACCUUCCAGAGAACGAUCAAGGAGUCAGACCUACCGGCAACCGCCUUGUAUACGGACGCAAGGCAAUAUUAUGAUUACCUGCUGAACAGGAUCAACAUCACUUUUGCUCCGAUCAAGGCGGAUGAAGGCGAUGAGUUCACACUCACGUUGAGUCGUAAGAUGACUUACGAUCAGUUCUCGAAGAAGGUCGGCGAGCACCUGAACGUGGAAUCGACUCAUCUGCGCUUCGCGCCGGUCCUUGCAAGUACCGGCAAGCCGAAGGCGUUCAUUAAGCGGAACUCCAACCAACCCAACCAGACCUUGUAUCAUAUUCUCGGUGGACAAGCAACAACUUACGGGUACAGCAUGCAUCGCCAGGAUGCCUUGUACUACGAGGUUUUGGAAACUAGCUUGAGUGACUUUGAGUCUAAGACCUGCUUGAAGGUUACAUGGCUUCCUGAAGGCAUCACCAAGGAGCAACUGGUGGAGGUGUUGGUUCCUCGCGACGGUACCAUCGCAGACCUUGUUGCCGGCCUGCAGAAGAAGGCAAACCUGGACGACGAGACGAUCCGCGAGACCCGCGUCUACGAGACCCAUGGCGGCAAGAUCUACCGGGAAUUCCAGGCCGACUCGAAGAUCGCUGGAAUAAACGAAUUCGUGUCGCUGUAUGCCGAGAGGGUUCCCGAAGAAGAGGCCAACAUGCAGGACGGCGAACGGACGAUAAAUGCCUUUAACUUUGACCGCGAGGUCAACCGGCCGCAUGGCGUGCCUUUCAAGUUUGUUAUGAAGCCGGGCGAGAUCUUCAAGCAGACAAAGGAGCGACUGUCUAAGCGGACUGGCAUCAAGGGCAAGCAAUUCGAAAAGAUCAAGUUUGCUGUGGUAUCUCGCAACAUGUAUUCCAACCCGCGCUAUGUGGAAGAUGAUGAUAUCCUCUCCGACAUCAUCGGUGAUUCGGACGACCUGCUUGGUCUCGAGCAUGUAAAUAAGAACCGCAAUUUUUGGAACCGGAGCGAAUCGUUCUUCAUCCGAUAG